AUGGGCAACUCCAACACCAGGGAGUCGAGGCCCGGUGAGGCCGGCCAUCGUGGCCACCGCUCCUCCAUCGCCCCGUCUCUCGAUCCCUCCCUCACUCCAACAAACACUCACCAGUCCGAUCGUCCCGCCUCAAGGGCAAGGAACAGGGCCAGCCGCGGUGAUAUCGGUAGCCUGUUGGGCAUCGGCGGCUCCUCCGCCUCGCCAGCCUCUGCGACCGGCUCCCAUCCUGAUCCUCCCUACGAACGCCGCGAGACCAAACAAGAGCGAGAGGCUCGUCGUCUCGAGCGGGAACGUGUGGCUCGUAUCAAGGAGCGCGAGCGAAGCAUCAAGGAAGAGCAUGUCGAUGGAGGCUACCUCGUCACUCUCGGCACCUAUACAGGCCCCGAGGACUUCAACAAACAGGUUGUACGCCAGCUACAGAUUGAGAGAAAGAUAGCACCUUUCUGGCGUGGCAUCAACGAUGUCGACGAGAGCUGGGCCGAGCAUCAGAUCAUCGCUGCUGCUCGUGGCCUGCCCAUCCCCGCCGCUGACGAGGCCCCUCCCGAAGACCUCAUCCCCCGUCCGCUAUCAUCAUCUGAGUCUCCUGCAGGCUCAACACAAAACCUCAACAACCUCACCGUCCCCAUGGGCGGGAGGACUCUUUCCGCCGCAUCCGAUAGGAGCCUGUCCAACGUCGGCUCCGCCCUCCCCUCCCCGACAUCUGCCGCCCCGGCCAGAACAAGCUCUCCUUUCAAGCCCCGCGCAAAAGCAUUGGCUGCCGCCUUGACCGGCUCGUCUCGUAACGCUUCCUCUACAGACAUUGCUCCCCGGGAGAUCAACCUACCCAACGAUCCUUUCGUCAAUGGCCAGCCUCUCGAAGUGUACCUCUACAAGAACGCCUCCGAAUGUCCCAUUUGUUUUCUCUACUACCCGCCUUACCUCAACCAUACCCGCUGCUGCGAUCAGCCCAUUUGCAGCGAGUGCUUUGUGCAAAUCAAGCGUCCAGACCCCCACUACCCCGAGGGUCACGGCGAUGGAGAGAAUCCCGCUGCCAAUCCCGAAGAAACCGCAGGCCAGCUCAUUUCAGAACCUGCCCAAUGCCCGUACUGCCAGCAACCCGAAUUUGGUGUCACCUAUGAGCCUCCCCCCUUCCGCCGUGGCAUCACCUACUCGAUUUCGACCUCUGCUCUUGGCGCAAUGAACACCGCCAUGAGCUCAAGUAGCUCUCUGAACUCAGCGAGCCUGUCUCCCACGUCUGCCGGCGCCUCUCCCCCGGCCCUAGCCCCUAUAACCGGCUCCCGAAGGAGGACACAGUCAUUGUCGGCCAAUGCCCCUAAUGUCAUCACGACGGACCGCGUACGGCCAGACUGGGCGACGAAGUUGGCCUCUCAGCGGGCGCACCAGGCACGCCGCGCCGCAGCGGCCACUGCCUUGCAUACGGCCGCCUUUCUCAUGGGGAGCUCAGAAUCCCGUAGUUUCAGAGUCAGUCGCUUUAGUCGCAGGAACACGGGCAAUGCUUCUAGUGCAAACAACAACGCCGAGAGCCCGACAGGCAAUGCCAAUGAUAGCGGCAGUGCUACGCCCUCUGGCCCCGAACCUGGUCCUCGCGGUAGUUCGGGCCGACUCUUGGUUGGUCCAGGAGGCGAAAGACGCCGGAGUCAUAUGGAAGACCUGGAAAACAUGAUGUUCAUGGAGGCUAUUAGACUGUCUCUGGCAGCCGAGGAGGAACGUAAGCGCAAGGCUGAGAAGGAGGAGCGAAAAGAGGCAAAGAAGAGGGAGAAGGAAGAGCGCAAAGCCGCCAAAGCAGCCGCGAAGCAUGCUGCAGCCUCUGGAGGUCCUUACAAUCCUUCAGGAGGCAGCGGGCAUAGCUCCGCGAGUGGAAGCAGCCUGAGUUUGCCCGGUUUAGGUGCGAUUGGCAGGCGGCGAGGCAAUAGUGCCGCCUCCAACCUGAGAAUGGAAGCCAGUGUUGCAAACGCCAUGGCCUCGACAGGAGCUAGCGGCUCGUCCAGUCCUGGCGGCGGUGCUUCGAGUCCGGCUGACAAGGGAAAAGGGGUAGACAGAGGCCCAACGCAAACCGCGCCUGAGACCGAGGUGGGAGCGGUCAAUGUAGAUUCUCUGCAUCCAGCGACAGUCUCCACUACGUCUCCCACGCCUGCAACGACGGCAUCCCCGCGUCCGAUUCCCUCACCUCACCAGCCCGCCGGGCCGUCCCAUCUACGACAAAUGAGCAGUGCCUCGUCCAUCUCAUCCUCGCUACCCGACUCGCAGCCUGGGAGCUACCAGAAUCCAUCGCAUCUCCAAGACCCCAGGGCCAGCGGCCUCUCCUUUGGCAGUCAGGCCAGUGAGGAUGGAGAGCAGGCUCGGCAUCAGGAGCACGAUAGAGAUCCCAGUGCCAGCACGGAGCCCAUGUUCAACUUUCGCAGCCUAGCCGAGAUGGUCGGGGUAGAGAUCGAAGGCGAGAACGCUGGACGGCGACUUAGCCAAAUUGGCAACAUGAGUGGCAGCCCACCAAAGGGAGAUGACGCGAGCAAUUCGCCCAGCGAUACCGUGGACAAGUCAGAUGAGGCUAGCGCAGCCGCUCACGAGCACGUGGAACAUGUCGAGGAUGAUAUGGACAAGAGCUUCUCCACACUGACACCCGCGACAGCGAACGGACAAGUUGGUCAUUCUGCGACGAGUGGUGAGAAUACAGAGGGUGAGGCGUCACAGGAGAAGCAUUCAAAUACUCUCAGCCUAGCGCCACCAACAGUCAUGGUCACUCCGGAAACUCCAGCCCCCGAGGAGAGUGGCGCAGAGUCGAAACAGCUAGGAUAUGAAGGCACAGAGACACGAGAGAUUCCAAGCCACGUCACGCAAUAA